UGAAUCAACAGGGGGAUGAUGAAGCGGCGCAAUGCGGACUGCAGCAAACUCCGACGGCCGUUAAAACGGAACCGAAUCACCGAGGGUAUAUAUAGCAGCACGUUCCUGUACCUGAAGUUCCUGGUAGUGUGGGUGUUGGUCCUGCUGGCUGACUUUGUGCUCGAGUUCCGCUUUGAGUAUCUGUGGCCUUUUUGGCUUUUCAUUCGAAGUGUCUACGACUCCUUCAGAUAUCAGGGGCUGGCAUUCUCCGUCUUCUUUGUGUGUGUUGCGUUUACAUCAGACAUCAUAUGCCUUCUCUUCAUCCCCGUCCAAUGGCUGUUUUUUGCUGCCAGCACCUACGUAUGGGUCCAGUAUGUCUGGCACACAGAGAGAGGAGUCUGUCUACCCACUGUAUCGCUGUGGAUCCUGUUUGUGUACAUCGAAGCUGCCAUACGAUUCAAAGAUCUGAAGAACUUUCAUGUAGACCUGUGUCGACCCUUUGCUGCUCACUGUAUCGGCUAUCCAGUGGUGACUCUAGGCUUCGGCUUUAAGAGCUACGUUAGCUACAAGAUGCGACUGAGGAAACAGAAGGAAGUGCAAAAGGAGAAUGAGUUCUACAUGCAGCUCCUACAGCAGGCGUUACCUCCAGAGCAGCAGAUGCUGCAGAGACAAGAGCGGGAGGCAGAAGAGGCUGCCUUAGCUAAAGGAAUCUCAGAGGUAGAGCCCACAGUGGUGUCCCAAAACGGAGCACCUCCUGGAAAGAAAAGCACUUCAGUACCGUUACCUGAGCUGGAGUACCGGGAAAAAGGGAAGGACACUUCUGCAAAAGAGGGCAAAAAACAGAACACAGUUGGAAUCAAUAACAACAGUAUUAUACACGCACUGGACUCCAAACUACAGGAGACGGAAUAUAUUGAGAACUACGUUGGGGCAAAAAGACUGAACAACGACCUGGCAGGCGACAACACGCACGCCGACACCAACACGCACACUUCUUCUAAAGAGGAAAUUGGGGGGAUGGGGAAGAACUACAAAAAUGCCAGCGGAGGAGGCGGAGGCAGCAACUCGUCACCUCGGAAUCACAGUUCUGCCAACGGCAGCGUGCCGCCAGGUUCCUCAGCUAAUAAGAAUGAGAAGAAGCAGAAGGGAGCAGGGAAGGGGCAGAAGGAUCCGGUGGAGAACUGCAUCCCCAAUAACCAGCUGGGAAAGCCAGAUGCUCUAGUGCGACUGGAGCAGGAUGUGAAGCGUCUGAAGGCAGAUCUUCAGGCCAACAGGCAGCUGGAGUCAGAGCUGCGGAGUCAGCUUUCCUCUCUGAGCAGCCAGGAUCGUAGCCUGCGCUCCGAACUGAGCCAGCUGCGCCAGGACAACGAGCUGCUACAGAACAAGCUCCACAGUGCUGUCCAGGCCAAGCAGAAGGAUAAGCAGACCAUCUCCCAGCUGGAAAAGAGACUAAAGGCUGAGCAAGAGGCUCGGGCUCUGGUUGAGAAACAGCUGGCUGAGGAAAGGAAGAGGAAGAAGAUGGAAGAGGCCACUGCCGCCAGAGCUGUAGCUCUUGCAGCUGCAACCAGAGUGGAGUCGACCGAUUCGCUCCGCGGUCGUAUCAGAGAGCUGGAGACAGAGUGUAAGAAGCUCAGCAUGGAUAUGAAACUCGCAGAGGAGCAGAUUAGAGACCUGGAGGGCAAAUGUCAGGAGCUGCGCAAGUAUAAAGAGAACGAGAAGGACACCGAGGUGUUGAUGUCAGCGCUGUCCGCCAUGCAGGAGAAGACCCAACACCUGGAGAACAGCCUCAGCGCCGAGACCAGGAUCAAACUGGACCUCUUCUCUGCACUGGGGGAUGCCAAGAGGCAGCUGGAGAUAGCACAAGGUCAGAUCCACCAGAAGGAGCAGGAGAUUGCAGAGCUGAAGCAGAAGAUAGCAGAGGUGAUGGCAGUGAUGCCCAGCCUGUCCUACUCGUCAGAUGGCAGCAACCUGAGCCCCGUGACCCCGCACUACUCCUCCAAGUUCAUGGACAAUAGUCCCUCCUCGUUGGACCCCAACGCCUCAGUUUACCAGCCCCUUAAAAAGUGACUCUGACAUCCACGUUUGUCAGACGGGACUUUUCCUUUAUUUUGAUCUCAGUUCUGGUUUCGGGUUAUUUUACAUUAUUUUCAAGCUUACAAAGCCCCGGAAAGUUUUUGCACUUUCAACACGCACACACAGACACACACAGCCCCUCCAUACAUCUGGGUAUUCGCUCUGGGUGUUUUUUAUUUGGGUUUUUUGUCCUAUUUAUUUUAGGGGGGGGGGUUGAAUU